ACGGCCGAGGACUUUGAAUUUUUAAAACCACGCUCCACAUCUCGCAGCUCACUCGCUCUCCGGUCGAUCGCUCUCUCGCCAGGCCGAGCCACACCGCCACUUGCUCCGAUAUUUCCUCGCCCGCUCCUCCGGUCGAUCGCCUGCACCACAAGCCGGCCGGCAGCGCGCUCGGUCUCCCAUGCGCCGCCUUUGACUACCGCAGCUCCACGAGUCCGCACCCCGCACAUGGCGUGAGAGCGUGGUCUAGCUGAUAAGUCCAAGAAGUCCAAGCUCGUGCACGUCGAGGCUUGCGUGCGUGCGGAGUUCGCGGAGGGAGAGGAAGGAAGCGACCGAUGGCCGCGCAGGAGGGCGCCGCGGGGACGGCGAACCAGGUGGCGAGGGUGCGGUACGGCGACGUCGACGACAGCAACUUCGCGCUGCGCGGCCGCGCCGUGCCGCUGCUGGCCGGCCUGCUCGCCCUCCUCGUCGCCUUCGUCGCCGUCUGCCUCUACCUCCGCUGGGCGUGCGGCCGCCGCCGCGCCCGCCGCGACGCCGACCGCGAGGCCUCGUCCUCGUCCGCCGCGGCCUCGCCCGUGCCCGGCCUCGACGCCGACGCCAUCAAUGGGCUGCCCGUCACGCUCUACAGCCCGCCCGCCUCCUCGCCGGCGCGCUCCCCUUCUCGGCAGAAGGGCGACGGUGGAGACGAGGAGCAGGCGGCGGCGGCUGUGGAGUGCUCGAUCUGCAUCAGCGCGCUGGUGCCCGGGGACAAGGUGAAGGCGCUCCCUCCCUGCGGCCACUGCUUCCACCCGGAGUGCGUCGACGCCUGGCUCCGCUCCCAGCCCAGCUGCCCGCUCUGCCGCACCCUCCUCCUCCCCGCCGCCGCCGUCGCCAAACGUGUCGACGUUGUCAACGGAGGCCACCCGCCGGUGUGACUCGUGAGCCAGAAGUCAACGUGCUCGCGCGCCAACUCAUCGAAGCAUGACAAGCAGGCCCCACCUGUAAGCCACUUACUGCUAUCUUGACGGCAAGAAAGCCUGUCCCGGUUUAACGACAGAACCAAAUGACCAAUGUGGCUAGCUAACUGGCCCCGGCGAGGUGCGCCAUCGCCGGAGGUUCGCUGGAACCAGCACAAAAAUUUGCUACCACCGGCGCUUUUGAUUUUGCUGAAACCGACGCCAAUUUAGCAAAACUGUUUCGCAAUUUGCUACCAUUGGCGUUUUGCUUUGAUGGAACUCGAUCCAUUUUUUUGUUACAACCGGGCAUUUCGCUUUUGCUAGAACAAAUGUUCAAUUUUUUGUAUUUUUGUUUCCAAUGGCGUUUUGGGUUGCUGGAACCACUUCAAUUUUUUUCUACCACCGGUGUGUCGGUUUGUUGGAACAUUGCCCGAUUUUUGCAUUUUUGCUUUUAUCGUUUUUUAUUUUUGCUGGGACCAGCCUCAAAAUUUUGCUACCACCAUAUUCCUUUUUUUGCUGGAACCGACAAUUUUUGUGCUUCAACCGAGUACUGGAGUUUUAUGUUGCUUUGGUUUUUUUGCUGGAUGUGGCCUUUUCGUUUGCUACAACCGGCUAUACGGAUGCUGGAACCUUUGGGAAGCUGCAAUGCCGCGUGACCACUGGUGAAGGAGCUGCCACGGUGUUGCAACCAAUGGUGGCGGAGCCGCAAUCCGUCGCUGGCAGUUUUCUCAGGAAUUUAUCGAGCUGCAGCCUGUCCACAGUGGUUUUGCGACAGCUUCGUCGAAGAUUUUGCGUGGGCCAUGGCCACCACGGCACCGGUGGGACUCAUGGGAGGGAAGGGGAGAGGAAAGCUGUGACGAUGGCCAUAGUGAUUCACAGUGCACAUGCAUAACCCACAUAUCUUCACAGUACGUGUUAAUUUCGACACAAAAAAUGCUACUGAUCAUUACGGUGUUGUAGACGGCAGGCCCAAUCCUUGAAAGCAGAUUUUUUUUCUUCGAAAAUAGACAACACAUGUUAUUCCUUUUUCUACACACCUAUUUGUGAUUCCAGCUUGUAUUCCCUGGAGAUCGGCUUGUCACAUAUGAAUGCACCACUGCAACUAUACCAGCUGUGCAAUAUAUACCCCGCCUGAAAUUGAGUUGGGCUGUCAAUGGAAGAACGUGGCCAAUUUUGAUGGGCCUCUGGAAUUGGUAGAAUGUUGGCUGGCUUUCACAACAUGGGCUAUAAACAAGAGCAGCGAAGUUGCUACAAAUACGCAAGGCCUAUACAGGGGACCGGUCUGUCAAAAUCUUCAAGCACCUUUGCCAUCCUGCUAAAUGGGAAACCUGGCAUGUGGUUUCGUCGGCGGAUGUUGCGGCAGGGGGGUCCGCUGUCGCCAUAUCUUUUCAUCUUAGUUGUUGAUGUGCUUCAACGCAUGAUCAUUCAAGCUUCUAAUGUUGGACUUCUAUCCCACCCCUUGGACAACAACCUCCCUUGCCCGGUUCUGCAAUACGCUGACGAUCUGUUGAUGAUCCUCCCGACAGUCGCUGAACAACUUCAUCAUUUAAAACUUCUACCCAACCAGUUCAUCGAGGCAAUUGGCCUCUCAAUCAAUUUCCACAAAAGUACUUUUGCCUCAAUCCACGUCGACCCAGAUCUCUCCAUUACUCUUGCUGCGAUCCUACGAUGCCCGAUGGUCUCUUUCCCCCAAUUGUACCUUGUCUUCCCCUCUCGACCUCCAAGUUAAACUUGUGAGAGUUUUUCUUCAUUAUCGACAAAGUGGGUCGUCGGCUUGCUGGCUGGCGUGGCCUCUUGCUCUCUUUGGCGGGAAGGGUGAUCCUUGUUCGUGCGGCCCUUCGUGUAUUACCUAUCUAUGCUAUGAUCGCGUUGCUGCUGCCGGCCGGCACACUUCUGGAAUUAGACAAACGGUGCCGUGCUUUCUUUUGGUCUAGGCAAGACUCUAUUACUGGCGGGCAAUGCAAAGUGGCUUGGGAUCUCGUGUGUGCUCCAUUCUCUAUGGUCUAGAUUUCUCUUCGCUGACACACAUGAACUUGUGACUUCUCCUUAAGCACCUUUCAAAACUACAUGAUUUCGGACAACCUUUGGCUCCGACUUACCUCGUCAACAAGUAUGGUUGGUCCCUGAUUCAUGACUAGGGCACAUGUGAUAAUUCCGCCACUCCGGUUUGGCGUAACGUUCUAAACGGUCUUGAAUUCUUCCGCUCUAUCACCACUGUCAGAAUUGGCAAUGGCACAACCACCUCAUUAUGGAACGGCUUAUGGCUUCCCUCCCACCAAACUAUCUUGGACUGCCAAUUGCGGACGAUCUAUUCGCACUCUAACAGACAGACCUCUUCUAUAGCUAGGGUACUUGCAUCUGCUGAGUUGAACCUUGAUCUUGCUCCUAGACUAUCCCAUGCGGCGGAACUUGAACUAUUAGCGUUUCACGCUUAUGGCCUCGGUUAACUUGAAUUUGCAGGUUGUAUACUACAGAAUUUGCAGGCAAGGGGGCGUGCCUCUCUCAACUAAAUUGGCAUAUAAAGGCGAUCUGGCAGGACAGCCCAGUCAACCCUCUGGCCACAACUAUAUGGAAGAACUUCGCGCAAACAAAUGUAGAAUUUUCAUUUGGCUUGCUAACAAGGACCGUGUCUACACCAACGAACGAAGACUUCGGAGAUCUAUCGCUACUUCGGAUGCAUGCCAUUUCUGUGGCGCAACCGAGUGCAACGCUCACCUUCUGCUCUACUGCAAUAAUCUACUGCCUGUUUGGGACGGCCUAAGGAGUAUCUUCAACGGAAGGCCGGACAACCUGUGGGAAGUUUGGCUUGGUGGGGCACUUUCAAAUAAGGUUCGCUCCAUCAUGAUCAUUCAUAUCCCAUGGAAUACUGAGAAGCGUCACAACACAAAGGUGUUCAGAAAUGAAACUCCUGGCGUCCGCCACAUUGCUAAAGCAGCAGCUGACGAUCUGCUGCUCUGGUCCCACCGGUGCAAAAAAUGCUGAUAAACAAUCCCUGCUGCGAGAUUGGGGAGCUAUGUUGUCUCAUCUAGCUGCGGGAUUAUAGCCUUCAUGCAAUUUUACAAUUUCUUCUCCUUUUCCCACCUCUUGUAACUCUUUGCUGCUCUUUGUACUUGCUUCAGUUUCGGUA